UGACGGAAGAGCGUCCUUCUGCAUCCUGGGUUGGAGAAAGUUAACCUAAACAAAUAUGGAAUAACGGCCCUGAAAUAUUUUCCUAUAAUUUCACCUGGGGUCGUCAUUUCUGUAGAUACCGAGUGAGUUUCUCAGCAUUAUAAAAUGCGGGUCUAACUGGAAGAGAAGAGAAAUUUACCCCGGCUCAGUGGCUUCUGUUGGAACGAACACGAGGAUGGCUUUUCCCUAUGUGCGACUGUGUCCCCGGCACAUGAAAGCAGGCCUUCAAGUCUGUUGGUAUGCAACACUCAGCAAAGCAUCCAGACCCCAGGAGAAGAGUGGCAGUGGUCCGGUCUUCCAGUAUGUCGGCCAGCACAAAAAGCCAACCCAUAAAGUGUUUGUCUGGGGCUUCAGCUUCACUGGUGCACUUGGCAUCCCUACCUUUGUAGUCCCAGACAGCGGCAGGAAGAAGCCCCGCAAGUACCAGCUUACUCCUUACCGCCUGGAGACUGCAGAACAGAUCUCCUCUGCUGCCUGUGGUUACGGUUUCACUCUCAUCGCGUCUCCAACCAAAGAUGUGACCAAAUUGUGGGGCAUGGGCCUGAACAAAGAUUCUCAGUUGGGCUUUCAGCGCACUCAGCAUGACCGCCAUAAGAGCUACGACUACGUGUUGGAGCCGUCCCCGGUGGCCCUGCCUCUCGUCGAGCCUCUGCAGACCAGAGUGGUUCAGGUUGCAUGUGGCCGGGCUCACUCUCUGGUCCUCACUGACCGAGAGGGAGUUUUCAGUAUGGGCAACAACGCCUAUGGCCAGUGUGGAAGGCGGAUAGUUGAAGAUGAAGUCUACAGUGGCAGUCACAUCAUUCACAAGAUAGAGGGCUUCAGCAGCAGGGUCAUCCAGGUGGCAUGUGGGCAGGACCACAGCCUUUUCCUCACAGAGACAGGAAAGGUGUUCGCCUGUGGAUGGGGUGCAGAUGGACAGACGGGGCUGGGGCACCACAACAUCAGUUCCAGUCCGGUGGAGGUGGGAGGAGAUCUAGCCGGGGUGGAAGUGCAGCAGAUCAGUACAUAUGGGGACUGCAGCCUGGCUGUUUCCAAAGAUGGGCAGCUGUAUGGAUGGGGCAACUCUGAAUACAGGCAGCUGGCCUUGGUCACACACGCUACACAGAUGAACUCUCCUCGUCAUCUCCCUCUGAAAGGCUGCGGAAAGGUGGUUCAGGCAGCAUGUGGAGGCACACAGGUGGCCAUUCUCAACGACAAAGGAGAGGUGUUUGUGUGGGGCUAUGGUAUCCUUGGAAAAGGCCCCAAACUGUCAGAGUCUUCGACCCCAGAGAUGAUUCCCUCGACACUGUUUGGACGGUCUGAGUUUAACCCCUCAAGUGUUGUCUCCAGGAUCAGGUGUGGCCUCAGCCAUUUUGCUGCAGUGACAGAUCGGGGUGAGCUCUUCGUGUGGGGGAAGAAUGUGAGGGGUUGUUUGGGCAUCGGGAAGAAGGACGACCAGUACUUCCCGUGGCGGGUGACUGUACCAGGCCAGGUGGUGGAUGUAGCGUGUGGUGUUGACCACAUGGUGGCGCUGGCGAAGUCCCUCCUGUGAGCCUCCUGUCCUCGCCAGCGGUGGAUGAAAGCCUGGAUGUUUGGGCCGAGGCCUCCCGCUGCCCCCCGGCUGCCCCGGAGAGCCGACUGGAGGCUCGGUCUGGAGCCGCGAAGCCAGCUGCUCUCCACAGGCGGUGGACCCGGUCACGCACUGACGUCAGCGGAGGGCAGAGCGGAUGAUUGCGCAGCAAACUUCCACUGACACUGCUCACUUUAUUCUUUAUUCUUAAGGUCAUGUGGGAAAGACAUCCAAGCCUCAUUUUAUCACAACUGGAGCUUAAACGAGUCGUCAGUAAAUUGAUUUUUCAGUGAUUCUGUGAAGCUGUGGUGGGAAAAACGGUGAAUUUUUCUGUGAAAAUUUGCUGUUUUUAAGAAUACACUGAACAUAUUUGGCUUCUGGACAAAAUGAGACAUUGGAUGUGGUCACUGUGGACUAAAAACUGAACUUUUAUAGACUAAACAGCUCUUCUGCACACCAAGUGAUUAUAAAAAUAAACUUUAGCUGCAGCUGUAUUCCUAUUAUUUUGUCCCUGUCCCUCUCACCAGCUUAAGAUGCAGAAACAAAAAAGCUGUUAACACAGUCAGCUUCGAUGUGGUUCUAACUUUAAUUUUCUCUCACGUGUGACGCAUUUGCUGCCACACUGGAGAAACAGAGGAAAAAUGUGGCUGGUGAAGCGCGCCAUCGACAGACUCGUACGGUUUGGGUUUAUUUCAAACAUUAUGCAGCAGCGCUUUAAAUCUCUGCGGCACGAUAAAAUAUUUGUAAAACACUACAGCUGUUGAAAAGCCAAUGACAGCAAAACAAUCCACAGAAAUGAUUAUCUCCCUGCCAACUGCAAAUAGAGGUGAAGGCACUCAGCCCGAGGGAGAAAACAGGUUUCGAGGAAUCAAUUUUACAACCCGAGCUCCCGUGUCAUCGGUCGCGCCCGCACGUUCUGCAUACACGAGCAGCGAAAAGCUACAGAAACUACAAUCGUGUCGCGCUGACAGGGUGAGAGGAUGCUGAUUGUAGGAGUGUUCAGGCUGAAAAGUGGCUGCUGAUGGCUCUAAAAUGAAAUAAGAGGAACAAUUUGCUUAGUUGUUUAUGUUGUGUCUGCUUUUCCCGUGAAAAUGACUGAAUGGCAAAGAAGCGAUUGGCUUUUUAUAUCCUAAAUCAAAAUAAAUUCAUUUUUAAAUAAAUUUACACAUCAGUUUUUUGUUGAUGUAUUAGACUUAAAAAACCUCUUCAUUUCUGAUAACUUCCAUGCAAGUUUCUUCACAAAAACUCUUCAUAUUUUUCUCAUAUAUGAAAUGUUACAGUGGUGGUUGCUCAUAAUAAAAGGCCAGAGUUUUAAAUGAUGCAGUCUGCAUAUGUGUAGAGCUUUCCUGGGAGCUGUUUUCCUAUUCUUAGAGGUCGUGGAGAGGCAGCGUUGUCAUGUGGUUUAUGGUUUGACUCUUCUUGACCACUGGGGCCUUUCUGUGUAGAGUUUGCGUGUUCUUCCUGUCCCUGUGUGGGUUUCCUCUUGCAGACCGAACGCAUGCUUCUUAGGACAAUUGACGAUUCUAAAACUGACCAAAGUGUGGAUGUGAGAGUAAGCGGUUGUCUUUUUGUUAGCCCUGUCUU